UAAAACAUUAAAAAAAAAAGUUGAAGAAUUUUCUUUCCCAAAUAGAAUUUAUGAAAUUGCGCUGAUUCGCACUUGGAAAACACCAUUACAUUCCCCUCCCAACUCUAUCUUCUCUUCUCACUCACUUUCUUUCUCCAAUCCAAGUUCCAACAAUGGCAUCAAUGAAGUCCCUAAUCCUCAAACUCCAUGAAAUAUCCGCCGUUAAAUUCGGCAAUUUCGAGCUGAAAUCCGGUAUAACAUCCCCUGUAUACAUAGACCUCCGUUUAAUAGUAUCAUACCCUUCUAUCCUCUCUCAAAUCUCUCAAACUCUAAUAUCUUCCGUUCGAUCUUCAUCCCCUUCCGCCAAUUUUGACGUCAUUUGUGGCGUCCCAUACACAGCUCUUCCAAUUGCUACUGUAGUUUCUGUCUAUAAUAACAUUCCCAUGUUAAUGCGUCGCAAAGAGGUUAAGUCUUAUGGAACUGGAAAAGCCAUUGAAGGUGUUUUUCGCCCUUCGCAAACGUGCCUAAUUAUUGAAGACCUUGUAACUAGUGGUGCUUCUGUUCUUGAAACUGCCGCUCCUUUGCGUCAUUCUGGUCUUAAUGUUACUGAUGCCGUUGUCUUGAUUGAUAGGGAACAGGGAGGAAGAGAAAAUUUAGCGGAGAACGGGAUAAGAUUGCACUCUUUGUUGAAGCUCAGUGAGAUGGUUGGAGUUUUAAGACGAUUGGGUAAGGUGGAAGAAGAAACAGAAAAAAUGGUGUUGAAGUUCCUUGAAGAGAACAAAAAUAUUGGGAAUAGCAAGCUUGAAAUAUUAAAGUUGGAUUAUGGAGAAAGAGCCAAAUUAGCAAAGAAUGAGACUGGAAGAAGAUUGUUUGAGAUAAUGGUGAAAAAAGAGACCAAUUUGUGCUUGGCUGCUGAUGUGAGUACAGCUGCUGAGUUACUUGCCCUGGCUGAUGAGGUUGGACCAGAAAUCUGUUUACUAAAGACUCAUGUUGAUAUAUUGCCUGAUUUCACCCCAGACUUUGGUUUGAAACUUCGCUCGAUUGCAGACAAGCACAAUUUCCUUAUCUUUGAGGAUCGUAAAUUCGCUGACAUUGGCAAUACAGUAACAAUGCAGUAUGAAGGAGGUGUCUAUCACAUAUUGGAUUGGGCUGACAUAAUCAAUGCUCACAUUGUCUCAGGCCCUAGAAUUGUUGAUGGACUAAAGUUGAAGGGCUUGCCUCGGGGAAGGGGUUUGUUGUUGUUGGCUGAAAUGAGUUCUGCUGGUAACCUUGCAACUGGAAGUUACACAGAAGCAGCAGUGAAGAUAGCUGAGGACCACCCAGAUUUUGUCAUAGGUUUUAUUUCAGUGAAUCCAGCAUCUUGGAAAUGUGGCGCACUCAAUCCAGCUCUUAUUCAUGCUACACCUGGUGUCCAAAUGGUGACUGGUGGUGAUGCCCUUGGUCAGCAGUACAAUACUCCAUAUUCAGUCAUCUGUGAUAGAGGCAGUGAUAUAAUCAUUGUUGGCCGUGGAAUCAUUAAAGCAGCAAAUCCUGCAGAGGCUGCUCGUGAAUACCGACUUCAAGGAUGGAAUGCAUAUUUGGCGAGGUGUUCAUAAGACUAACAUGUCUGUUUAACUCGGUUUUGCGUUUUUGUGGGCAGACGUAUCCAUAAACCUGUAACUUCGUUUGAGAAAGAUCGAAAGAUUCAACAACGAGACCAAAUGGUUAUUGAAAUCGGUUUGAUUCAAAUAUAGUAUUGUUUAUGAAUUAUAUGUACUCAGUAGAAGUAUAGACCCAAAUGGUCUGGAAAUAGAGCUGAAUCAUUGAUGAGGAAUUCUCAUACUUCUAUGAUUUAAAUCAAAAGUUUUGUUAAUA